UCUCGCGCCACUUUCAGGCGCUUUGGCGCGAGAGCGUGAAGUUGCGGGCCUGUUGCGGGCGCUCGGCAGGCGUCCUCCUCUUCCUUUGCACUCCCCUCCCCACUUUUUGACCGCGCCAUGGAUUUGAGCGAGUGCCCGCGCGACGGGGCUGAUGAUGGUUGCCAUGGAGCUUCACGUUCACGCCGUGAGAAAAAAUCUAAAAAAGGGAGAGAGGAAGCACUGGAACGUUUGAAAAAGGCAAAGGCUGGUGAGAAAAUCAAAUAUGAGGUUGAGAAGUUCACAAGUGUUUAUGAUGAAAUUGAUGAAGAGCAAUACUCUAAGAUUGUCAGAGAACGCCAAGAUGAUGACUGGAUUGUGGAUGAUGAUGGAGUUGGUUACGUAGAAGACGGCAGGGAGAUUUUUGAUGAAGAUUUGGAAGAUGAUGCUCUUGAUUCCGACAAGAAAAGAAGAAGAGAUGCAACUUCCACAAAUGACAAGAGAAAUGUGAAGAAGGCUAUGGUAUCAAAACCAAAGACUAUUAAAUCUAUGUUUAUGGCCAGUACUGGGAAGAAAAAUGCUGAUAAAGCUGUUGACCUGUCUAAGGAUGAUUUGCUAGGCGACAUUUUGCAAGAUCUGAAUGCUGAGUCUGUUUAUAUAGCACCACCACCAGUUGCAGUGCUAAAAAAGAAGAGACUUUUUGGAACACCAUUGAAUCCUUUUUCUGUGCAAUCUCAAGUCUCCAAGAGAACUUCUUCUGUAGUGAGGGAAACUGUUACUCCUGCCAAACAAGAAGUUUCUACAGUAAAUUCAUCUCAUUCUAAGCAUUCAGUCUACACGGCUAGAUCAGAAGCAGUGAAAGAAGAGAACAAUGGUCCUGAACAUGGAGUAGAAUUUGUGGGAAAUGGAGUAAAAACUAAACCAGAGGAGGCUGCUAAAGAAGAUGAACAGGCUAUGAUGGAUUUUGAUGUUGAAGACUUUGAUGAAUCUAUGGAGGAAAUGGGAAGUGUAGCAGAACCGGUUACAUGCCAGAAAGAAGAGACGAAAUCAGAAGAGAGACAAAUGCAGCAAGUAGACUCUGUGAAAACAGGCUCACAUUUCUUAAGCUCUGCCCUCCCUGAUGUUUCCUGUUGGGACAGAAUUGAUGAAAAUGACGAUGGGCAUCUAGCUUCAGAAAUGGAAUCCAUUCAAGUGGAUGCCAGUCAACUCCCACUAAUAAUUGGGGAAGAUGGGCAGCAGAUCUUCAAGUUCUAUUGGUUGGAUGCUUAUGAAGAUCAGUAUAAUCAACCAGGAGUGGUAUUUCUCUUCGGUAAAGUGUGGAUUGAAUCAGUGCAGUCCUAUGUGAGCUGUUGUGUAACAGUAAAAAACAUUGAAAGAACUAUUUACCUACUGCCACGUGAGUCGCGAAUUGAUUUAUCUUCUGGCAAAGAAACAGAGAUUCCUGUGACUAUGAUGGACAUCUAUCAAGAAUUUAAUGACCGGGUUGCUGAAAAAUACAAGAUCAUGAAGUUCAAGUCCAAGAAAGUGGAAAAGAAUUAUGCUUUUGAGAUACCAGAUGUUCCUGUAAAAUCUGACUACUUAGAAGUUAGAUACUCGGCUGAAUUAAGUCGGCUACCUCAAGACCUGAAAGGAGAGACAUUUUCUCAUGUAUUUGGAACGAACACUUCUAGUCUAGAACUAUUACUGAUGAACAGGAAGAUUAAAGGACCAAGUUGGCUGGAAAUAAAAAACCCACAGCUCUCGAACCAGUCUGUCAGUUGGUGUAAGGUGGAACUGGUGGCACUGAAGCCUGACUUGGUGAAUGUGUUGAAGGAUCUUCCCCCACCUCCUCUUGUGAUCAUGUCUCUUAGCAUGAAGACAGUUCAGAACACAAAGACUCAUCACAAUGAGAUUAUGGCUAUUACGGCAUUAGUACAUCACAAAUUUUAUCUGGACAAAGCUCCACCUGAACCUCCCUUUCAGACCCAUUUCUGUGUUAUUUCCAAACCAAAUGAUUGCAUUUUUCCAUAUGACUUCAAAGAAGUAAUUAAAAUUAAAAAUAAGAAUGCUAAAAUAGAGAUUGCCACAACAGAGAGGACACUACUGGGGUUUUUUCUGGCAAAGGUUCAUAAAAUUGAUCCAGAUGUUAUUGUGGGACAUAAUAUUUAUGGCUUUGAUCUGGAACUUCUUCUCCAGAGAAUUAACUACUGCAAAGUUCCACAUUGGUCUAAGAUAGGUCGACUGAGGAGGUCAAACAUGCCAAAGCUUGGGGGUCGUAGUGGAUUUGCUGAAAAGAAUGCAACUUGCGGUCGAAUGAUUUGUGACGUGGAAAUUUCAGCAAAGGAGCUGAUUCGUUGUAAAAGUUAUCAUUUGUCUGAACUUGUCAGCCAGAUUCUGAAAAUGGAAAGAGUGACAAUUCUAUCUGAAGAGAUACGAAAUAUGUACAGUGAUUCCCGUCACUUACUUUAUAUGCUGGAAAACACCUGGACUGAUGCCAAGUACAUUUUACAAAUAAUGUGUGAUCUGAAUGUUCUUCCACUAGCCCUACAGAUUACAAAUAUUGCUGGCAAUGUUAUGUCAAGGACUCUGAUGGGUGGGCGAGCCGAGCGUAAUGAGUACUUGCUCCUUCAUGCAUUUUACGAAAAUAAUUUUAUUGUGCCUGAUAAACAGCUCUUUAAAAAACCUCAGCCGAAGCAGCUGGAAGAAGAAGAAGAUUUUGAAGGUGAUCAGAAUAAAUCAAAGAUGGGGAGAAAAAAGGCAGCAUAUUCUGGAGGUUUAGUUUUGGAUCCAAAAAUUGGUUUUUAUGACAAGUUCAUUUUGCUUCUAGACUUCAAUAGCUUGUACCCUUCAAUUAUCCAAGAGUUUAAUAUCUGUUUUACAACAGUUGACAGAGUAUCUUCCAAUGUGCGCAAAAAGACAGAGGAUGGAGAACUAGAAGAAAUUCCUGAAUUACCAGAUUCAGCUCUAGAAAUGGGAAUCUUACCUAAAGAAAUCAGGAAGCUAGUUGAGCGAAGGCGUCAAGUGAAGCAGUUGAUGAAACAGCCAGACUUAAAUUCUGACCUCUACUUACAGUAUGAUAUCAGGCAGAAGGCUUUGAAGCUUACAGCUAAUAGCAUGUAUGGAUGCCUGGGGUUUUCCUACAGCAGAUUCUAUGCAAAGCCUCUUGCAGCUUUGGUGACUUUCAAAGGCAGAGAGAUUUUGAUGCAUACUAAGGAGAUGGUGCAGAAGAUGAAUUUGGAAGUGAUUUAUGGUGAUACAGACUCCAUUAUGAUAAACACAAACAUUACCAACUUAGAAGAGGUCUUCAAAAUGGGGAACAAGAUUAAAAGUGAAGUGAACAAACUGUACAAGUUAUUGGAGAUUGAUAUUGAUGGAGUCUUUAAGUCCCUUUUACUGUUAAAAAAGAAGAAAUAUGCUGCUUUGGUUGUGGAGCAAACAGGAGAUGGAAAAUACUUUACUAAGCAAGAACUGAAAGGACUGGACAUAGUACGAAGAGAUUGGUGUGAUCUUGCAAAAGAAACUGGAAACUAUAUAAUCAGUCAGAUUCUUUCUGACCAAUCCCGAGAUGUAAUUGUAGAAAACAUCCAGGCGAGGCUCAUCCAAAUUGGAGAAAAUGUGGUAAAUGGCAGUGUUCCAAUAAAACAAUUUGAAAUCAACAAGGCAUUGACAAAGGACCCACAAGAUUACCCAGACAAAAAAAGUCUACCUCACGUUCAUGUUGCCCUGUGGAUAAAUUCUCAAGAGGGUAGAAAGCUGAAAGCUGGAGAUACUGUGUCAUAUGUUAUCUGUCAGGAUGGAUCAAAUCUGAGUGCCAGCCAGAGAGCAUAUGCUCCAGAACAGUUGAAAAAACAAGCAAAUCUUGCUAUUGAUACUCACUACUAUCUGUCACAACAGAUUCAUCCAGUAGUUGCUCGUAUCUGUGAACCCAUAGAUGGAAUUGAUUCAGUCCUUAUCGCAGUAUGGCUUGGAUUGGAUCCCUCACAGUUCAAAGUCUGUCACAAUUAUCAUAAAGAUGAAGAGAAUGAUGAUUUGCUUGGUGGCACAGUUCAGCUCACUGAUGAAGAGAAAUAUAAAGACUGUGAAAGAUUCAAGUUUGCCUGCCCAAAAUGUGGGACAGAAAAAAUUUAUGAUAUUGUCUUUGAUCAUUCGAGUCUGAUGACUGACGCCAGUUUGCAAUCGUCUAGCAAAUGUCAUGGAGACUUUUCAAGCUACCUAAAGCAAAUUAACAACAAGCUAACCUUGGAUAUAAGAAGCUAUAUUAAAAAGUACUACAGCGGUUGGCUGAGGUGUGAGGAGCAGACAUGCCAAUUUCGUACCCGUCGCCUUCCCCUCCGCUUUUCCCGGAAUGGUCCUCUGUGUCCAGUCUGUAGGAAGGCUAUCCUUAAACGAGAGUACUCUGACAAGGCCCUAUUCACCCAGCUGUGCUUUUACCGGUGCAUUUUUGAUGUGGACUGUGCAAAGGAAAAACUUUCAGUUCAGGAGAAAGGGAAGUUGCCGAAGAAUCAGGACCCGAAUGAUAACAAGAACGUUUACAUAAAGCUGAAGAGCACAGUAGACAAAUGGUUGUCCAUGAGCAGCUACUCAGAAGUGAACCUCAGCAAACUCUUUCAGACCUUCAAUGUAGUAAAAUCUGCAGGAGAUCCCAGUGCUUAAACACUGUGUUUCAGUAGAACGGGACAAAAAGUCUUUUGUAGACAUCUCUCUAGGCAAAAAACUUCUUUUUCUUUUCUAGUUUUUCAUUUAUGGUUGCACACUAGCCCUGUUUUAUGUUGUUUAAAAUCCACACAAAUAUACUUUUAAUCUGAGUUUAUUUAAUGGAUAAAAAAUAUAGAAUGAAAAGCCAUAUUAAAAGCAGUAGAUAUACUGGCCACCUGUACUGCUUAUGUUACAAUAAAUAUCUAUUUGUUGUAUAUCUAGACCUAGAAGGGAAGAAAGGGGAGGAGAAAUAGCUCCUUUAAUUGAAUAAUUCGCAGUGAGAGUUGCUGGAAUGUAAGUGAUCCUAGACUUUGCUCCAGGGUAUUUAGUAGAGGUGCUCUCAGGAAAAGAGGUUAGUGGAGGUCUCAGUAGGAGCACUAAUGUUUUCCCUUUUCACAAUUUAUCUACUUUGUGACCAUAUACACAGCAGUGAAAAACAAUACUAAACCUAAAUGUUUUCUGUUAAUGCUUGAUUCCAAUGUGAUCUUUAUUUGUGAAACUGUUUUUUGAAGGGUGGGGGUGGGAUUCUGCCAAACAAGUUCAUUCAGACAAUAUUGUGCUGUGAAGAUACAGAGUAACCACAUGGAAAUUAAUGCUAAAGCACCAAUUGACUUUUGUACAGGGCAAGAAGAUAGUGUGUGUGCGCAGCAGAUUCUCCCAGCCACACAUAUGUAUUUAAAUGUUCCACUUUGGUUCCUUAGGAUUCAACAAAAUAAGCAGUGAAACCUACUGUGAUAAUUGGGGGGGGGGGGAAGAGGAUGAGAAUAUCAUAUUUCAGCCAACAAAUAGAAGUCAUUGAUACAUUAUUUUAGGAAAAGUUUUAGGGGAUUUAUAAAUAUUGUUUGAAGUAUUUUCUGCCAGUAAAAUUCUGACCAGCAAUAACAGAAGCCAAACUAUGACAUGGGUCACUUGGGGGUGGGGGGUGGGGAAGGUUGGAGAAGAAUGCUGACUUCUUUUCAGAGCUAUGAUUGUUACAUUUCUAGAAGGUUAACACUGUCAUUUAUUGGUAUAUGUAAAGCAUUUAAAAUUUGCAUGUAAAGUUUUACACUGUUGAAGAAAAAAAUAAAUUUUUGUAAUA